AUGAGUGGCCGUUAUAUCUACCGUUUCAAGAACAAGGGAAAGAACGUUACAGGCCGACACGUUACCGGAGAGCGCAAAGAAACGAGUUUUCGUAAACCGAAUCCUGAGUUCAGUCGCGCUUCUUUUCAAGUACAGGAUUUGCGAGAAACUUUAAAUAAACGCUACCAAGAAAAGGCAAAUGAUUAUGGAAAAACACACAAAGCUGUUAAUUCUGUUGGAGUUAAGAGCAACCCAGUUGACUUGAUCAAGCAUACCAUGAGCAAAUUGUAUAAUCUGGAAACGCGCGUAAUGAAUUUGAGUAAUUUUCAACAAGCAGAACAAUUCAUUAAGCAAGGCAUUUUCAUUGCCAUCAACAAAGCAAAAGAAUUUCGCAACGUUGUCAAUAUCAUCGUUCAAAGUUCUCCCGAUAUAGUGGCGCUCAACUUGAGCAAUAACAAGUUGAGCAUUCUUGAGCCUCUUCAAUCACUGGCGGAUAAGUGCUCAUCUCUAAAAGCCCUUGAUUUAUCAAAAAAUAAUAUCACCUCGUUUGACCAAAUCAACCACAUCUGUAAACUUGAUCUCUUCGAGCUUGUGCUGGAGGGUAAUCCAUUUGUCGAUAACUUCCCCACUCGAGCAUGUUAUGCCAGAGCUUUACAAAAGAAAUUUAAAAACUUGAAAAGACUGGACUAUGAAGAUUUACCUGCUGAAAUUGGUUUUGAUCUCGGUGUUAAGACUCACUUGCCUCAAAACAAAUUCGCCUCGAUUCCUCCAGAAUGUAAAAGUUUUGUGCUGGAAUUCCUUGAAGCCUACUACAGACUUUACGACUCAGCUGACUCUCGACAAGCACUAGUCCAAGCGUACCAUGAUAAGGCAAUCUUUUCAUUUAGCUACUCGAAACAUGAUAGUGCAAUAGGAAAAGGCAAUCAGCUUGCUUGUUUCGCUGAUUCGCACAAUCUUUUACGAAUGCGAAAUGAAUCUAAUUGGGUUAAGUGUGUCAAGACAUUUGGCGUAGAGAUUGUUUCGUUUCUAUGCAAGUUUCCCGCCACCGAACAUGAUCCGUCUUCUUUUAAUAUUGACGUUCCAUUCUAUGAUAACAAUUUAAUUAUCAUUGUCGUUAAUGGCAUUUUCAAGGAGACGCACAAAGAGAAGCAAUCGAUGCGUUCCUUCUGUCGGACCUUCAACAUAAUAUCACAGGGCCAGGGGUACGUCAUUGUCAAUGAUAUGUUUGUCAUAUCUUCUCUAUCGGAAAAGCAAUCAGUAGAAAACAAGAGAAAGAUUGANACAGGGCCAGGGGAAAAGCAAUCAGUAGAAAACAAGAGAGGGAUUGAUCAGGCUGAAUCGAACAACCCUUCUUCCAGCGUUAGAAGCACAAAGUCGCUUGACGCUUGUCCUGAUAUCAACUUAAAAGAUGAAAUCAUACUCAGGUUUAUGCUGAUGACCAACAUGAAUCGUGCAUUUUCUGUAAACUGCCUGGAGUCGAAUAACUACAAUCCCGAAGCUGCCUUUGCAGUCUUUCAACGACUGCAUGGAGAAAAUAAAGUUCCGCCUGAAGCUUUCAUCAAGUAA